GGGAAGACCUUGAACGAACACUAUGACGUACGAUUAUCUGGUGGAGAUGAGAAUGAAGGACGGGUUGAAGUUUACUUGAACGGUUCAUGGGGAGGAAUAUGCAAUGCUGGCUGGGAUGUGAACGAUGUUGGGGUUGUGUGCAGACAACUGGGAUUCCACGAUAGCAACUUGAACUCUAUCGUUGGUUUUAGAUGGUACGGUAGAGGUGAACGGGAAUACUCGCUUACAAAUGUAGACUGCAACGGAACUGAAGAUUCUUUGAAAGAUUGCGGACAUGUUGUAGGAGGCGACGAGCAAUGCAAGUCGAGGGAAAAGUUCCCAGGUGAUGCAGUAGCUGUUUGCAAGCCUCGAAUAAGACUAGUCGGAGGUCCUAUAAGAACUUCGGGAAGACUGGAGAUAUUCUAUGAAGGAGCAUGGCGACCUGUUUGCUAUUACCAACCUUAUGACACAUAUCUUUGGUACCAUCAUGACUUCAUUAUAAACACCCUCUGUGAGAUGGCUGGGGUUACCCCAAAGGAUGCUUACCGUGUUGGAUUAAGUGCAUUUGGACCUCUCUCGCCAAUGAAUACACCGAUUUGGUCAUUUCGUUUCCUCGUUACAGCACAAGGAGGCCAGGAUACUUACACAAUUUUCAUCGCUAGCAAUUCACAUCUCUGGGACGGACUGCAAAUAAAAGCACGCGUGGAUCCCAAAUGUGUCAAUGGGGAAUAUGUAAGCCUGAUAUGUCGCAGACCUCAAACAGAGAUUGCAACAGAAGUUCGAAUUGUUGGCACAAGUGGUUACAGUGGCAAAGUGGA